GGGGCACACCGCAUAGUGAAAAAUGUCCCGUAUUUAAAUCAACCGAUUCGUCGAGAUUGUAAUGGAAAUUUUUCACUUUCACUUAUUUCUUCUUUUCUUCUUCUUCUUCUUGUUUUAAUUCUUAAUUGUUAGUUAAGCUAUUCAAACUAUUAUCUAUUAAUCUUAUAGUUUGUAAAUUUAGUGUACUAAUAUAAUAAUAUUAUUAUUAUUAAAAAAAUGGUUCAAUCAUCUGUAUUAGGUUUCCCCCGUAUUGGUGGACAAAGAGAAUUAAAGAAAGCUACUGAAGCUUAUUGGCAAGGAAAAAUCACUGUUGAUGAAUUAUUAGCCACUGGUAAACAAUUAAGAUCAACCAAUUGGAAAUUACAAAAGGAAGCUGGUGUUGAUAUUAUUGCUUCAAAUGAUUUCUCUUACUAUGAUCAAGUUUUAGAUUUAUCUCUUUUAUUUAAUGCUAUUCCAGAAAGAUAUACUAAAUUUGAUUUAGCUCCAAUUGAUGUUUUAUUUGCUAUGGGUAGAGGUUUACAAAGAAAAGCUACUGAAACUACUGCUGCUGUUGAUGUUACUGCUUUAGAAAUGGUUAAAUGGUUUGAUUCAAAUUACCAUUAUGUUAGACCAACUUUCUCUCAUUCAACUGAAUUUAAAUUAAACACUAGUGCUGGUAUUAAACCAGUUGAUGAAUUCAAUGAAGCUAAAGCUUUAGGUGUUCACACUAGACCAGUUAUUUUAGGUCCAGUUUCUUACCUUUACUUAGGUAAAGCUGAUAAAGAUUCUCUUGAUUUAGAACCAAUUUCUUUAUUAGAAAAAGUUUUACCAGUUUAUAAAGAAUUAUUAGCUAAAUUAAAGGCUGCUGGUGCUGAACAAGUUCAAAUUGAUGAACCAAUUUUAGUUUUAGAUUUACCAGAAAAUGUUCAAUCUAAAUUCCAACAAGCUUAUGAAGCUUUAGUUGGUGAAGAUUUACCAGAAUUAACUUUAACCACUUAUUUCGGUGAUGUUAGACCAAACUUAGCUGCUAUUUCAAAAUUACCAGUUGCUGGUUUCCAUUUUGAUUUCGUUAGAGUUCCAGCUCAAUUUGACGAAGUUGCUGCUAUUUUAUCUAAAGAUCAAAAAUUAUCUGUUGGUAUUGUUGAUGGUAGAAACAUUUGGAAAACUGACUUUGCUAAGGCUUCUGAAUUUGUUAAGAAGGCUAUUGCUAAAGUUGGUGCUGAAAGAGUUGUUGUGGCUACUUCUUCAUCCUUAUUACAUACUCCAGUUGAUUUGGAAUUUGAAACUAAAUUAGAUCCUGUUAUUAAAGACUGGUUCUCUUUUGCUACUCAAAAGGUUUCUGAAGUUGUUACUAUUGCUAAGGAAGUUUCUGGUGAAGAUGUUUCUAAGGAAUUUGCUGCUAAUGCCGCUUCUAUUAAAUCUAGAACUGAAUCUUCAAUUACUACUAAUCCAAAGGUUCAAGAAAGAUUAGCUACUAUUACUGAAUCUUUAGCUACUAGACAAUCUCCAUUCCCAGAAAGAUUAACUGUUCAAAAGGAAAAAUAUAACUUACCAUUAUUCCCAACCACUACCAUUGGUUCUUUCCCUCAAACCAAAGAUAUUAGAAUUAACAGAAACAAAUUCACUAAAGGUACUAUUACUGCUGAAGAAUAUGAAACCUUUAUUAACAAGGAAAUUGAAACUGUUAUUAGAUUCCAAGAAGAAAUUGGUUUAGAUGUUUUAGUUCAUGGUGAACCAGAAAGAAAUGAUAUGGUUCAAUAUUUCGGUGAACAAUUACAAGGUUUUGCCUUUACCACUAAUGGUUGGGUUCAAUCUUAUGGUUCUAGAUAUGUUAGACCACCAAUUAUUGUUGGUGAUGUUUCUAGACCAAAGAAUAUGACUGUUAAAGAAUCAGUUUACGCUCAAUCUUUAACUAAAUUACCAGUUAAAGGUAUGUUAACUGGUCCAGUUACUAUUUUAAGAUGGUCAUUCCCAAGAGACGAUGUUUCUGGUAAGGUUCAAGCUUUACAAUUAGGUUUAGCCUUAAGAGAUGAAGUUACUGACUUGGAAGCUGCUGGUAUUACUGUUAUUCAAGUUGAUGAACCAGCUAUUAGAGAAGGUUUACCAUUAAGAGCUGGACAAGAAAGAUCUGAUUACUUGAACUGGGCUGCUCAAUCUUUCAGAGUUGCUACUUCAGGUGUUGACAACUCUACUCAAAUCCAUUCUCAUUUCUGUUACUCAGAUUUAGAUCCAAACCAUAUUAAAGCUUUAGAUGCUGAUGUUGUUUCUAUUGAAUUCUCUAAAAAGGAUGAUCCAAACUACAUUCAAGAAUUUUCUGAUUAUCCAAACCAUAUUGGUUUAGGUUUAUUCGAUAUUCACUCUCCAAGAAUUCCAUCUAAGGAAGAAUUUAUUGCUAGAGUUGAAGAAAUCUUGAAAGUUUAUCCAGCUGCUAACUUUUGGUUUAACCCAGAUUGUGGUUUAAAGACUAGAGGAUGGCCAGAAGUCAAAGAAUCUUUAACUAAUAUGGUUAAUGCUGCUAAGGAUUUCCGUGCUAAGUACUAAAAAGAAUUAAUAUGAAUUUUUAACUCUUUUUGUUUAUUUUGCCCCUUAUUGUUAAGAUAUGAUUAUGUUUGCAUUAUUCAAUUCUUCAUAUUGUUGAUGCUGUAUCUGCUGAUUACAUUUAUUCAACAUUAAUGUAAUUUUUAUUAUUACUAUUAUUCUAUUAUUUUUUUAUUUACUAUUAUUAUUAUUACUACUACUAUUAUUAUGAUGAUUAGUGGUUAAUGAUUACUUCUUGUUCAUACUACUACUGUCUUUAUAUAUUGUUUUGUUAUUUUUAAUUUCCUACCUCUAUGAGGUUGGGAAGAAGGGGUUUAAAACUAUUUGGGAUUUCAACAUCGGUUACUAUUAUAUAUUAUAAUUAAUUAUCUUUAUUAUACGAUAUUUAUUAUAUUUAUUAGACAAGUGUAGAUUGAUUGU